AUCUGAUUGGUUGCCAUGGCCGAGGCUUUCUUCCCCUUACAGAGUAUUAUAGCUCAGCCGUAUAUAUCUGUACAGGGAAGCUUCUCUCCUCGGUUACACAGACUGUUGUCUCCCGACGACUGGAAAUGUCAUAUUAAUGGGAGCAAGAAGGUUGGACACAGUAAUGAGCGGGCCAGCGGCGCCCUGAUCAGGGAGGAACCUUUCUGCCGCGGAACAUUAUUUGCCGGGCGAGUAGAGAGUGACGGACCCGACACCAUAGACAUGGAGGGCUCGGGUGUAGUGUCACUCCCUCAGCAGAAGAAGCCCAUGGUGUGCGUGGAGUACCCGGGACUGGUGCAGGACGUGGGCAGGAUGCUGCGGACCCUGGGCGGGGAGGAGGGGGUGUCCAGGGUGUAUGCUGACCCGGCAAAGAGGCUGGAGCUGUAUUUCAGGCCUAAGGACCCUUACUGCCACCCAGUGUGUGCCAACCGCUUCCCCACCACAACCAUGAUCCUGCGGGUGAAGAAGAAAAGCCGCAAGAAAAAGCUGAGUGACCCCAAUACGGGAGAGCCGGCUCCAGAGGGAACUAUCAGCAUGGAAAUCCUGGGUGUAGUGGGCACAGUCUAUAAGUUUCACGGAAUGUCAGAUUUCCAGUAUUUGACUUUCACCAGCGGCUCGGACGGGUCUCAGACUUCCCUCUAUGACAAAGUUUUACUGAAGAAACCGGAGAAGGAUGAAUACUUCCACCAGGACAUCCCCCUUCACAUCCCUCCUCCCAUCUUCUCUCGCCUAGACAACCCCGUGGACUAUUACUAUCGACCUAACGUCAAUCACAGGGACGGUUAUCAGCCUCCGCAUCUGUCCAGUGAUAAUCUGAUUGGGUUAAGCAGAGCCCGCAGGCCCCACAAUGCCAUAUUUGUUAACUUUGAAGACGCAGAGGUGCCCUCCGAGCCUCACCCAGCUGCCGUCAAGAACUGGAAAAAGCUGUGUACCAAUUCUGUGGACAAGAAAGUAGAGCAGGAGAUGAGGAGGCUCUUUAACUGUCGCCCCAUUUGGUCCCGGAACGCAAUUAAAGCCAAUGUCAGCCUCCAUCCGGACAAGCUCAAGUUGUUGCUGCCGUAUUUUGCCUAUUACAUGUUGACUGGGCCGUGGAGAAGUCUUUGGGUGCGGUUUGGCUAUGACCCCAGGAAAAAUCCAGAAGCUAAAAUCUACCAAGUGCUUGAUUUCCGGAUACGCUGUGGAAUGAAGUGCGGGUACAACCCAAACGAAAUGCCAGUCAAAGCCAAGCGCAGCACUUACAAUUACAGCUUGCCCAUCACUUUAAAGAAGCCCGUGCCACAAGCAGUCAGCAUGCAGGACCUGACCCAUGGGCUGGGAUCAAUGGGCUCCAAAGACAAUAAAAACCUUCCGUCCAAUAAGUACCGGCUGAAGGAGUCAGUUUACAUUUUCCGGGAGAGCAACUUGCCGCCGUACCGUCAGAUGUUUUACCAGUUGUGUGAUUUAAAUGUGGACAGCCUGCAGGAGAUCAUAAAGCGCAAUGAUGGCGCCGAGAGCGAAUGUUCUGAACGGGAUGGCUGGUGUCUCCCCAAGACCAGCGACCUCCUCAGAGACUCCAUGUCCCUUAUGAUCAAGCAGACCAUCCGCUCCAAGAGACCAGCUCUGUUCACCAGCCCCUCUGUCCCCAGCGACAACAAGGAGCCACUUGCAUACGAGUCUGGGGAAGAGGAGGAAGAUGAAGAGGAGGAAUUUCAUCCUUCUGAAGGAAGCGAGAAUGAGAUGGAAACAGAACUGCUGGACUAUGUUUGAGAUGUCUUUCAGCACUGAGGGAGUCUCCGGCAGUGAAUGUGUAUAUUACAGGUAUUUUGGUCAAGAAUAGAGUUUUCCAAACUACUCCAUGUGUGAGCUGAAGACGGACCCUGGGGAUGGACGGAAAGUGUUAGAUAAGAAGAUAAAGCACAAAUAAUAGGCAAACAUUAGUUAAAUGUUACUGUGGCAAAAUGUAUUGGUUCAAUUUGGAUCAAUACUAUACCAACAUGCUGUUCUAGUAGGUUUUUUAUUUGUAAUGACCUUCAUGCAUAUUUCAUCAACUUUUUAUAUUUGUCUUGGAGAAUUAAUGUACAGAACUCGUUGAAUGACUAUGUAAAUACAUUACUUAUACUCCAGAGCUGCACUCACUAUUCUGCUGGUGCAGUCACUGUGUACAUACAUUACUUAUCCUGUACUGAUCCUGAGUUACAUCCUGUAUUA